AUGAAAAAAUUAAAGAGACGUAUAAGCAUUGCUUUUAAGGGCUCCUCAAAUGACUCUAAUAAAAAUCAAGAUAUAAACAUGAAUUCAAUGGCUUCCUGUUUGGCAAAUGAUGUUGAUAUUAUACAUGUUUCACAUAACCAACAUAGUGGAAAUAAUUAUUCACCUAAUAAUGGUUCUGCAAUUUUUAUGGAACGCCAAAAUACACCAGGAAAUUCUACAUAUCAUAAUGAAUGGAAUCUUUCUACAUCAAUAAAUCAAAUGACGGAUAUAUAUGGAAACGAACAAUAUUACAACAAUAAUAAAUAUAUAUAUUCUCAAGAAAAUAAUAAUAGAUAUAGUCAAUUUAUACCAUGUUGUUAUUCAUCAUACAUGAAUAUUAAUCAAUUAGAUAAAAAUAAUUCUAAUUAUCGUUUACCAAAUUAUUAUAUGUAUAAAGGUAAAGCAUAUAAUAAUUCAAAAGAACAAAAAAAUGAUAAUAAUCAUCCUGCUCAAGGUAUUUAUUAUCCUCAACAUUUAGCAUACCAAAAUGAACUUUCAAAAGACUAUUCAGAUAAUACAAAGUUUAAAUUAUCUCGUUUUUCAAAUAAUAAUUUAAGAAAUAUUGGUAAUUCAAGAAUUAUUACAAGACCAGCUAGUAUAGCAGCACUUAGUAAUUCAUCUUUUUCCUUUUCCUCAUCGCAAGAUUUUUCAUCACAUUAUGGUGGGACAAAUAUUAACAUUUCAAGGAAUAAAAUACCAUCAAAAAGAAAUUCUUAUUAUUCUUUCUUGGAUAAUAAAUCAAAAGAAACUAAAGAAAGUAAACAAUUAACAAAAGAGAUACAAAAAGAUAAUUUAAAAAUAAAAUCUUCAACUGAAGAUGAAAUAGCUAAACCUAAAGUUAUUAUGAGAAAUAAAAAAUCAAAUAUAAAUGGUUUUGUAAAAGAAAAAGCAAAAAAAGAUAGAAUUAGUUCAUGGUGUGUAUCAAAAUUACUACCCUCAAAACUGGCUAUUUCAUUUUCUAACAGCAUGCAUUACUUUUCACAUAUUAAUACUUUAAUUGAAAAACGUUUUUAA